AUGAGCAGCAGCAGCAGCAGCAACAACAACAGCAGCAACAGCAGCAGCAGCGGCAGCUGCAGGGGCAGCAGCCGAAGCCCAGGUAGCUGCAGCAACAACAACAACAGCAACGACAGCAACAACAACAACAACAACACUACUACUACUACCAGCAGCAGCAGCAGCAGCAAGCCCGUGCAGCAAGCAGCAGCAGCAGAUAGCUGCGAAGCAAAUCUCAAUAAAGCAGCAGCAGCAGCAAACAAAAGAAAGGAUGAGUUACUCUGGACGCGUAUGUUUGUCGAAAUGGGGCUAAGACAAAAACCCUUACCACCGCCUCCUAAGACAUGGAAGGACAUGCUCGCUUUCCUCGGCGUUAUCUGCUUAGCUGCGUUGGUCGCCUCGGAGUUCGGUUACCGGUGUUACAUGGACUAUCACUACGGCUUCGAGGCAAUCGAUACGACUGAUGCGCAAUUCCUAAAGGAGGUGAUGUUUGGAGGCAAGCCGUGGAUUGUGCUGUGCAAGUGGCCGCAGAAGAGGACCAAGGUGCCGGACGCCGUAGACAAGAGCCGCAUUGAGCUGCUGAAGAUGCUGCGAUUGGGCCGCGUGGAUUGUUCAG